GGCGAACACCGGGGCGGCGGACGACCACUGGUGGAGUGCAAGGGGAGUGUGACGGAAGGCUGGGCAUCCCGAGUUCACAGGCCCUGACAGACGAGUCCGCCGCGGCGUCAGGACAGCAGCCUCGUGUAUGAGUCUGCAUCGAGAUCAUAGACAGAAACAGUUCCGCUCAGGCAGCUUUUACCUCUACUCUGAUAAUCACUGUCUGACUUUAGCUGCUGGGUAAGAGUCGUGCAUGUUGAUCAAGCCAUGCCCUGACCGACCGCACCAAAUUCACGCACAAUAUCAGCCAUACUUUAAUAAACCUCUCGCCGUUUUGUAUCACGAGCAACACAAGUUUCAACACGCAGACACUGAGAAGUGUUUCCUGGGUGUAGCAGCAGCAGCUCGUUAGCAGCUCAGCUUUGCUCCUCUUCCGGGGCCUCAGCAGAUGCUCCAUAAUUCCUGCUUUCACAACAUGUCAUUCCCCUUAAAGUCGUUACUACAGACCAGCUUAUAAACUCACGCCGCUGUCCUGCACGUUUAUCCGUCGAAUCGACUAGAAAACCCGAACGAUAACCUUGCCAAUGCCACUGACUCCUGCGGGCGAACUCAUCCUGCUGGCCCUGCACAUCCAUCCAUGCGCCAUCCUCUGAGAUAAACAUGAGUGUUCACUUGAACUUCGCUGCUGGACCACCCUGUAUACCAUGCUGGGGCUGCCUGUUCGCUUCAGCCUCGUAGCCAGCAGGAGAUUCUCCUCGCCCCACCAGCCAUCUUGCCUACUGAGUCUAGGUGCUCUCGCUAGUAUGUACACUACACGCAUGUACAGCAGUGGUGGAGGCAAGCCGGGUCGGCGCAUCGGCCUCAUGGGGGGAGGGCCACCAAUGCUGGAGAACCACCACCACCACCAUCAUCCACUUCACCCUCACGUUCACCAGCCUCAGAGUUACCCAGCAGUUUACCCAGCCCGUCUAGAUGCCCACCGGCCCCAUUACCAGACCCACCAGCACUACCACACGCACCCUCCUCCAGUCGCUCACCUUCCCCCUCCGCACUACCAGCCUCACGCUCAUCUGCACCACAGCAAGAAGAAGACCUGGAACUUCAUCCAUGAGAAGAUGAGCUAUGACACCUUCUUCACCAUGAAACGGCUGAUAGAUCGCUCGCGAAGCGUGGAUGAAGUGCUCCGAUGGGUCACGCAGAAUCCAGGGAAGAUCUCGCAUAAUCAUUACCCCAUUGCCCUGCAGAAGAUCGGCCAGCUGCUGGUGCUGCAUCAGGCUGGAGGUCAAGCGGGUGGUGCUGCUGGUGGAGGAGCGGGUGAAGGAGUCCUGGCUGCAUCCUCUGCUGCUGGAGGGUCCGGGGAGAACACCGUACGACAGAUUUUAGAUAAUCAGGAUUUCCAGACGCUCUGUGAUGCUAUUGUUAAUGACUGCUCCAAGUUUGACAACUUCAGCAUUGUUAAUUGCCUUUACGCUGUCGCUGCUCUUGGCUUGCCCAGUGACUCUCAGAUCGUGCAGGUUCUGGAGGAAGAGUCUCAGGCUCGUCUGUCCCAAUUCAACCAGAAGGACAUCUCCAUGGUUUUCAGCAGCAGCAUGAAGCUCCAUCCGUCCAGCCAGCAUCCCCUGAUUGAGUCCUGUCUGGCAGGGUUGGAGAAGAACAUUGAGCGGGAGCGUCAUCCUCAAACGCUCUUCCUCCUGCUCUCCUACUACCGCACCAAAUGGAGAGCGCUGCGGGCGGCAGACACAGCCUCGCCGGAGCAGCUGGUGGUGAACCGGAAGAUCCUGCGGCUGGUGAAGCACACUCUGGCCAGUGUCAGCAGCGUCAGGGACCAUGAAAUGGCUCUGCUGGACGAGAUGCUGUCAGCCUGCGCCAGAGAGGCCAGCAACAAGAGCCUUGAGCUCAUCUUCAGCUCACACCUGUUCUACCAGAACCGGCAGGAGAAGUUUGUGAGCAGCCUGGCAGAGGAGUUGCCUAAGAAGGUUGACAGCAUCACACCUUACACCAUGGCUCUCAUCGCCAAGUACAUUGCUCGCCAUCGUCUGAGAGAAACACGCUUGCUAGACACUAUUGCUGACUUCCUGGUCAAGAAGGGUGAAUACCUGGAUAGCAAGGUCAUCCAGAAGCUUGUGUUCCCAUUCAGUCGAAUGAGUUAUCGGCCGGCGAAUGAGGCUCAGUUUUUCUCCAAGCUGGAGAUGGUGCUUGAGCUGAAGGCUCUGAGUUCACCGCUGGCCACCGUCAACAUCCUCAUGUCUUUAUUUCAGCUGGGUCACUUUCCGGGACUGGUUCUUCACCGUGUCUUCUCUCCAUCCUUCAUCAGUAAUGUCAUCAACAGCCCGUAUGCUCUGAUUGUGCGUCGCUAUCUUUCACUGCUGGAUGCAGCUGUAGAGCUGGAAUACCGGGACUACACUGGACCCCGCCUUCAGGACACACACAAGGUGCUCAUGUUCGACCAUGCUUUAACAGCUGAUGAGGUGAACCGCAAAUACAGUUAUAAAGGUCUGGUUGCAGAGGCGCUCAGACAGCUGGUUGGUGAGCACGGAUACAAACAAGAUGAGGUUCUUGCACCUGGAUAUUACACGGAUUUCUUGCUGUGGGUUGACAGCACAGGCCGUGUCCUCCCCAUCAGAACAGGCACACCAGCAGCAUCAUUAGCAGCCUCUUCAACACCCUGUGUAGUGCUGAACCUUAAAUCCCCAGAUGGCUCUGGCUCUGUCUCAACCCUCACUACUGACUUCCAGAAGUUCUCUCCCUUUGCUACGUCACUAGAGGAAGAGGCCGACAAACGAGCAGGAGAAGAGUCUACUUUCCUUCCUGCUCACAUGCGUCCUGCAGCAGCCUCAGGAUCUCAGAGGGUCGGCCCUAACGGAACCGUCCCGCUGGAAUACAACCCAUAUUACAGCACUUCAGAUUACUACUCCAAUCUAGCCAAGGAACACUCUCUGGAGAGCCAGGACAGCUCCACCCUCAGCAGCCCCUCGGACUGCCUGACCCAGACAGGACCCUCCGUUCCUGGGACAGUUGCCCCACAAGACUCCCUGUUUCAGUUUUCCAUUGGAAAGAUCCUGGAGGAUGAGGGAGGUGCAGCGACAGGAGCAAACCCAGGGCCGGACUGCGAGAUCGCUACAUUUUAUGAAGGGGUUUCUUACCCAGAGGGUGGAGAGAGCGAUGGAGUGACCGCUUCUCCACUGCAGCUUCACAACCCAGACAACCCUGAAGCUGACCACAGGACCACAGGGGAGCAGGUCAAGAGGGUUAUUAUGUCUGUGAAUGAUAAAUGGCAUUAUUGCCAUAAUUCAGAUGUGCUGGUCGGAUCCAGGGCCAUGAGAGACCGUCACCUGCGGUUAAUGGGCUACAACAUACUACAGUUGCCCUAUCUGGAGUUGGAGAAGUUGAACGGGAUCGAGGAAGUCAAGCAGUACCUACACAAAAAGCUGCUGGAGGUUCCUUUAUGACGACAUGAACGGAGCGAGUGUGUGAUCGUGUGCUUCAGAGAGCAUGUGCCACUUGCAGGUUUCGUUGUUUUCAGAAAGACUGUGCUGUACGUGUGUCCAUGUGUGUGCGUGUGUGUGUGUGUAUGUAAGAGUCUGUAUGUGCAUUUGUACACACAGGAUGUGAGCAGUCCAUGUUUUCAGGACAAAACACAAGAUGUCUGGCUGGCUGUUACUGUCAUUCUUUAAUUAUACAGAGAACUCCUCUGGGCAAAACUGU